GUGUCCGCUACCUUCUCUACAAUCAAGCCCAGACCCUCCUUGCUGCAACCAACUGGUCCCAGCCUUUCCACACACGAGAGUUCCCCUUGGAAUUCUCUCUCGCACACCGCCUUCCACCUGUCAGCCAUACCUCAUCUGCACCUACUAAAGGGUUAACACUUUCUUACCUGAACACAAUUUCAAAACAGUUUUGAACAUGAUGUUUUGGGUGGGGCCUCUCGCUCUACUCCUGUGCUGUUGCAUUGGGCAGCAAGCUGUUCCUUUGAGCAUCAGCUGGCUCCAUCUCUGUUCCUUGGGCAAGUGUCCGAAUAAGAGAUCCUCCCCGAACUUGCACCGGAUGUUUCAUCCGACGGGCCUACUCUCGCAUUAAAGUCGCCUGCUAAGAGUAUCAGCGAGUCAGGAAAUACCCUGGUCUGACUGCUUGAAAAUGGACCUGCACCACCCCCUCGCUUGCCUGUUACUGCUGUUCCUGGGCACAAGCUGUGCUGUAGCCAACAAUGCUUCUAACACAACUCUUUUCUCCUCUCCUUCGCCUCUUCCCACCACCUGGUCUUCCACCCCACAAAUAUCCACCGAAUCCACACAAGAUCCCACAUCAGACACCACCGACCCCGUAUCUUCACCCACACCUUCCCUGACUCAGCAAAACCAGAACCAGCCCUCGGUCUCCAGCCCACAGACGCAAAAGCCCUGGCUGCCCCAAGAGAAGGUGAAGCCUGCUCCGUUCAAGUUUCCUGACAUUGACAGAGAGGAUUCUGGAGGACGUCAGCAAUGGGAGGCUGCAGCUGAGGGAGUGGCCAUUGUGCUGAUGAAACCAAAAGGGCAAUUGUCAGUGGGAGAACCCCGCGGGGCAGCUAGCCAUGCCAUGGGGCUGUUUCUGGGGGGCUGCGGUUUGCUGCUGUGCCUCUUCAUUGGGGUCUAUUGCGCCUACAGCCGGGGAUCCAAGAAGGAACCAUUUUCCCAUCGUCGCUUGUAUGAGGAUGGAUUUGAUGACCCUGCCCUCUUUCUGGACAACCCAAAGGAAUAUGAUUGGUUCUUCUAUGAGACUGACGGCUAUGUCUACCCAACGCCCUCCCAAACCCAGCCUCAACCAAUCCAGACCCUCUCGAUCCCAGCUCUCAAGCAACCUCCUCCUGCUCUCGACAAGUCACCGGGGACGCUGGUGCCUUCGGAGGCAGGGCAAGACUCCAAGCAGCUCCAAGUAAAUCCCAUAAAGCUGGAAUGCCUGUCUCCAGCCAACCUACGUGCUGGGAACUUCAUGUGAGGCUCUGGGCCCUCUCCAGGAGAAAUAUCUGGGCUAUCCCUCCCCCCCCCAACUGAGAUUCUCUAGGCCAGAGUUAGGCAGAGCAUAGGUCAGCAACUACGGGUAGAUUGCUGGAUGAUUCGCAGUAGAUUGGCUUCCCAAAAUAGCAGCAACAACAAAAUCUACCCCCACUCCAAUUACUUGCUGCCGUGGUUUCCUUCUGGGAGGAAGGGUGGGAUAUAAAUUAAACAAACAAUUUAGAAUGUUUAGAAGCCCUGAAUUGUAGAAAGUCAGGUGCAGAAUUAGAACUAUAUGUAUAUACAGGUCAUUCCACUGCACGGCCCAUAGGGGGCAGUAGGUAAAUGGCUCCAUUUCCUGAGUCACAUUUUGUUUCUGGGUCUGAUUCGUGGGUUUCAGGGUUCUAUUACACACACACACACACACACACACACACACACACAGAGAGAGAGAGAGAGAGAGAGAGAGAGAGAGAGAGAGAGAGGAUUCUGUAAUCCUGAUAUUUGCCCAGGUCUGCUUUAGAGUACAGCCUGUUUCCAGGUGCACCCCUCCCAGCUUUGGAAGUGAGUUGCUUCUUCUCAGUAGUGGUGCCUUGUCCAUGCCCCCCCAUCUAGUUAUCUGAAUUUUUUUUAAAAGGUGCCAGGUAAAAACUGCCCCCCUACUGCCACCGGACUUUUAAUGUUUUUGAGUUUGUAAUGGUUUUUUUAAAAGUAUGACUGGUUUUAAUGCUGUUGGCUGCUUUUCAUUGCAACUUUUAUUUUAAUUAUGUGAUAGGUUUUAUGUGAGGUAUUAUAAGUCAACCUGAGAAUAUGGAUUGAAAGGUGGAAAUAUUUUAAAUAAACAAGAGACAUGGCAACCUUA